UGUUGUGCAAGGUAUGUAAACCCUAUAAAUACCUCCUAUGCGAGAAAAAAUUCUCAAUAAAAUCUGUUCUCGGCUUUGUAAGUCUUGGGUUGUAAGUUGCAUAUUAACACAAGCUUCAUCAUCGAUCAUGGCCUCGAAGCGCAUCUCAAAGGAGCUCAUGGAUCUACAGAGGGAUCCUCCAACUAAUUGCAGCGCCGGUCCGGUGGCGGCUAACAUGUUCCGCUGGCAAGCGACGAUUAUGGGACCCCCUGAUAGCCCAUACGCAGGAGGUGUAUUCCACGUCAACGUUGACUUCCCUUCUGAUUAUCCUUUCAAACCUCCCAAGGUUUCAUUCAAGACUCAGGUCUUCCACCCCAAUGUCAAUAGCAACGGAAGCAUAUGCCUUGAUAUCCUCAAAGAACAAUGGAGUCCAGCCCUUACUAUCUCUAAGGUGUUGCUAUCGAUCUGCUCGUUGUUGACAGACCCGAAUCCUGAAGACCCCCUCGUGCCGGAGAUUGCCCAUAUGUAUAAAACUGAUCGAGCCAAGUAUGAAGCAACUGCGCGUAGCUGGACUCAGAAGUAUGCAGUUUAAUUAGAGAGUAUCUUAGGGGUGGGGGAUGGUGUUGAUUAAUUUUUUUCAAUUAGAGAAUCAAUUUUAUUCUUGCUAUUUUUUUAUGAAAAGGUCUGAAUAAAAAGAUGCAAUGCUGGUGUUACUUUUAUUCUUUGAUGAUGUUGGUUUAAACAGUUUUAUUUUCAAUGGGAUUAUACUUCAAUUGCAAUA